UGCCGCUUGCCGGCCUUACUUGGUUAUGAUGAAAGAGGGACCAGGAGGGACCGGGGUGACCCAUCCCCAAGCGUUUUACGUGGCUUUCAAGCAUGCACACUGGUCUGUUGGAAAACGGCGGAAGGGGUCCGCAGCAUCAGGAAACUCACAAUGGAUGGAGAGUCAUGGUACGAUUGUUAUAAGGACGAGAUCUUGAAGCUGAGUUGGUUAAGAAUUAGAGAGGAUGCCCAUCGGCGGUAUGAGAACCUUUCUGAAGUCACUAUCUCAGCUUUCGAGGAUUCCGCCCGAGCUGAGUCGUUGAUUAAAGUACCUCUGCAACGCGUGUGGACUGGCAGGAAACCCGUCAUCUCAUCCUCUCUCGCCGACACUCCAUGCGUAAACCUUGGCGUAGGUGGGCUCCAUGGCUGUAUUUCUUUCUUCAUGAUUAUGCUGCAACGAACAGAGAUUUUGGGGCCGCCUACGCCUACCUCCGACCAAGGUGGUAUACGGAUUGGACGAACAUCAGGGAUGAAAUAGAUCAAAGUGAACGUCGAGACAGAGAUAUGCGACAGCAUGUUAUGGACGGCAACCGCAUCCUCAACCGUUGGGUCCCACCUCGCUAUCUUUGGGACCUGUAUAGCAACCGGGUUAUUCCGUGGGCGAUUGCUGGUAUAGACCUCACUAUGAUUUGGACCGUGUCCCAUGCCUGGGUUGCAGAGGGGGAACGAGUUCUUAUUUGGACAAUGGUGAAUGGACUGGCAUGGCCCGUUCCACUUCCAAAAGGCAUUGAUCUCCAGUGGAUACGGAUUGAACUGUUGAGGAAGGGCGCUGAGUACGUCUGGCAGGACGUCCUCUGUCUGCGGCAGGCGGGUGGAACGAGGGAAGAUCUACGUGCGGAAGAGUGGAAGCUUGAUGUGCCCACUAUUGGACACGUGUAUGAGCGUGCCGAGAAAGUGCUCUGUUACUUCAGUGGGCUGGGACGGCCACUGAGUGACACUGUGGACAUGACUAGCGACCGGAGCUGGUUCCGUCGUGCGUGGACGAUGCAAGAAAUCCACCUUCUGCGGCAGUCUCUCGUUGGCGGAGAGACAGAAGAGGGUCUGAAUCCGGAUGCACAAAGAGCAUUUGAGAAGCAGCUGUCGUCCAUUCAAAAUAUGCAGCAUCUCAGCAUCUACGCCGUCUUGAGCGAGAUGCAGAAGAGAGUCUCCACAAAUCCUGUCGACCGUGUAGCGGGCUUGUCUUAUCUUCUGAGGACGAACUCGAUUCCCACCUAUUACGCAGCACAGAGUGACGAAGAUGCAUGGUCGGCGCUGGUAGAUGUGCUCGGAGAGUGGGUCUGGGCGGAUCUGUUCUUCCAGUAUCCCAAGCCAGGGCACGAGAAUACUCGAUGGCGUCCAUCCUGGCAGCAGGCUAUGUCUGAUGUUCUCCCAGAUGAAUGGGGCUGGGGUUUUGUUGACGAAGGCUACUCGUACCGGGGCUACUGCAUCGAGAAGGGCUUGAUACGGGGAUUGUCCGAAGCGCAACAUGGGCACGACCGGGAAGGAGAGCUGCGUGUAGAGGACAGCAACGGUGUCCAACACAGUUUCAAAAUUACUGCGCAACACCAACACCCAAUCCAAGAGGACAUGUAUACACUGAUAGGCAACACUGACAGUAAGAAGAUGUACUACUGGGUGGUUGGCCGCCGAAAUGCAGACAAGUUCGAGAAAAUGUCAAUCUUCCAGAUGCCUGAUCGUGCAGAGAGACAGCGGCUAGAGGGACUGGGUUUGGUUCGGCAGAAUGUCAAGAUCAAUCUCUGCUAAUAGCACACUGCUACGAAUAUACCAGACCAAGAGUACAAUUACGCCGUGGUACCAAGGACUGAGAAGCAGGUCAAAAUGGACGCCAAACUUGAUGCCGUCCCACCUUGGUUGACUAACUUCUGGAGUUGUUCCGGAGACCCAACUUCCAGUCGCAAUUUUUCCGCCACUAUUUUGCCUGAAUUCCCACCGAAAGCUCAGGUAGGGGAACGAGAAUCCUAUAUACAUAGGACUCGGAAAAGGGUUCAUAGUCCCGAUAAACCUUUCCAGAAUAUAAAUUUCGCACCUCAGAGCUUCCUCUGGCUUGAA